AUGGACAGGUUUGGUGGUGAGAACUUCACCAUUCUGGGAUUCUCAUGCAAUCAGUUUGGACUACAGGCACCUGAGGAGAAUCACGAGACUCUGGACGUCCUGCGGUGUGUCAGACCUGGCGGCGGUUUCAUCCCAAAGUUCCCCAUGUUCAGUAAAAUCGAGGUUAAUGGGCUGAAUGAGGAACCACUAUACUCCUUCCUGAAGGAGUCUCUGCCUUCCAUGAACCCUAUCAUUGGAGACAUCAAGAGACUCUACUGGUCUCCGAUUAAAGUCAAUGACAUCCGCUGGAACUUUGAGAAGUUUCUUGUCACUGCAGAUGGGUUGCCAUACAGACGCUAUGACCCCAAUCACCCUUUUGAAGAGAUGGAGAGAGACGUAGCUGCGCUCCUGUAA